UCAAACACAACACCAUAACACAAAAUAAAAUCACUUUUAUGCGUUUUGCGUUCAAUGUAUGUAGUGUAUAGCAGAAAAACAAUGAUUCACUAGUGCAUUAGACUAAUAGUUAAAAGAUAAUACGUGGAAGCCAAAAGGAAGUGAUUAGGAGCUCAAAAUCAGAAUGUAGCGCUUAGUCAAGUUCCACAAACGAGUUUCUAAAAUUGUAUUAUCGAUCUUUGUCUUUAGUAAUAAAGUGUAAUUUUAUAAAAACUUAAAAUGUCAGUGGUUAAAGCAAAAGCGUUGGUGAAAAUGGAAGUUAUCCAGGUUGGUGAAUACGAGUUCACCAAACAAGAUAUAAUAGGACAUGGAGCCUUCGCCAUGGUGUACAAAGGCAGGAAAAGAAAGAAUCCAUCACAGUCAGUGGCCGUGAAAGUGGUCACGAAGAAGGGUAUUCAAAAAGCGUCAGAGAUACUCGUCAAAGAAAUAAAAAUACUCCGGGAACUGACAGCUCUUCACCACACAAACCUCGUCGCUAUGCACGACUGUAUGGACAGCCCCGCUUACGUCUACGUUGUUAUGGAGUACUGCAAUGGGGGAGAUUUGGCAGACUACCUACAAGCCAACAGACUGCUCAGCGAGGGAACAAUUCGGACCUUUCUCCGGCAGCUAGCGGAAGCAAUGCGCGCAAUACAUGCUAAGGGCAUCGUCCACCGUGAUCUUAAACCGCAGAACAUACUCCUCACGCAUAAUGUUAUGCCUCCGCGGACACCACACCCUACAGAGAUUACUCUAAAAAUCGCGGAUUUUGGUUUCGCAAGAUUCCUAGAGGAAGGCAACAUGGCCGUUACACUCUGCGGAUCACCAAUGUACAUGGCACCCGAAGUAAUAAUGUCAUUAAAGUAUGACGCAAAAGCAGAUCUUUGGAGUCUAGGUACGAUUGUGUACCAGUGUCUCACCGGCAAGGCGCCAUUCCAGGCCACCACGCCGCAUGAGCUCAAAGCGUUCUAUGAAAACAGCGUCGAUCUACAGCCCAAAAUGCCAUCUGGCACGAGUCCGGAACUGUGCAACUUAUUGAUCGGUCUGCUGAGAAGGAACGCGCGCGAGCGCAUGCCCUUCGAGGUAUUCUUCAACCACCCCUUCUUACAGAGACCGAGAACCACAUCCAUCACGAGUUUGGACUCGGAACUGCCUGACGUAUUGGAGUGCGAUAUCGAAGGCUGUGUCGAAACUAACUGUAUCCUAGAGGAGUCGUGGGACAGUCAGGAGACAAACUCUAACAGCGCUAUUCCGACGACGUCUAGUCCGCGCGCGCCCGUGUCGGCGCCGCAGCCGCAGCCGCAGCCGGUCGCGCAGCCGACCAAGAAGCCGCAGCCCACGUCUUCGGAUACGAACACUACCUACACGAUAUAUGAAGAGGUGUGUCGAUCGACAGCGGAGUCGUCGGACACGAUGUGGGCGGGCGCGGAGGACUUCGUGGUGGUGGAGGCGGACAGCGGCUCGGCGGACGGCUCGCACACGUCGCACGGCUCGUCCGCGUCCGAGGCGGCGCCGCGCCCGCGCUCGCUGGCGCUCGUGGCGCCCGCGCCCGACGCCUCGCCCCCCGCGCUGCCUGCGCACCCCGCGCACCCGCAGUCUCGGAACCCACUGAGCGUGGCGUCCAACGUGCCUCGCUCACAACCCAUCGACGUGCUCCGAUCUAAUCACAAUCGAAAUACGACCGACAUCGGCUCCCUCUCGCCGCCGACUGUACCAUUCACAAUGAGGACUCCUCCUUCGUCUCGACGACGAAGUGCAUCUGGAAGUUCCCCACCGCCCUCUCUAUGGCAGGUCUCACCCACCAAUAACAGUCCUCUGAGGAGAUCGGGCUCGUCCCCGCCGGUGUCGCUGGCGCUGAAGGCGAGCGGCGAGUCGUCGCCCAAGCGCGGCGCGCUGCCCGACGCGCUGCUGCGCGGCCUCAAGCUGCACCACGACCCGCCCGUCUACAUCCCCAACCUGCAGGAGGAGACCAUCCUGGCGGAAGAGCAUAGCAAAGUUUUCUCGCAGCUGAACUUCGUGCUGAUGCUCGCCGAGCUGCUGUCGGACCUGGCCGUGUCGUGCGGCGCGCCGCUCGCCGCGCUCAUGGACGCGUCGGACGAGCGCUGCAACGAGAGCGUGCGGCUGGGCCUGCUGGUGCAGGCGAUGCAGGCGCUGGCGGCGGGCCUGCGCCUGGCCGCCGCGCACUACCGCUCGCGCACGCUGCAGCCCACGCUGCAAGUGCGGAACGUUGUAUCGCUAAUGAACGGGAAGUACAAAUGGAUUGUCAAUGAAUCAAAAAGACUACACGAAGCGGGGGUCACGCCCGCAGUUUGUGAUAAAAUACUCUACGAACACGCUAUCGAAUUGUGCCAGAUGGCCGCAAUCGAGGAGUUGUUCGGAGACGUGAAGGAGUGCGAGCGGCGGUACAUGUCCGCGCAGGUGCUCCUGCAUUCACUCGUGCAGCGACACCCGCUGCAUCCGCACCACCGCACCACGCUCUCCAAAUACAGGGACGCAGUGCAAAGACGGCUCAACUGCCUCAAGGGGCCGCGAAAAAUCAUGGACGUGAAGUUAGAGGCUGGGAUCUCAUAAUGCAAUAGAUUAUCUUUACC